CUUGAUCCAAAUACUUUCCAAUCCUAGUGGGUGUCAUUUUUUCUCCCAAUGUGAACAGUUGGCACUCUCAGAACAGGUCCUAAGGUGCUGCCCAUUUUAGUGCAUGAUCAUGACUUCUGAAGAUGGAGACAUCUCCAAUCUGCUCUCUGAACCAAUUCUACCUGAAGAGCUGGAUGAGGCAUCUGGACCCGAUGAUUUCUUGCCUGCUAUAUUGGAAGCAAUCAUCAAAUCAAAAGAGAAGGAAGUUGAACUCUCUCCUGAGGAGGCAACUUGGGCGGAUUCGUGUUUUGUGCAGACCUCUGAACUGUCAGAUGUAGACUGGGGAGCAAUGAGGAAAGUCUUGCUCGAUUCCCUUGAAAAGCCAAUAGAAGAACCCUGUGAUAUUACUGAAGUCAUGCAUCGCCAAGGUACCCAUGUAAUUUCAGAGGGAGAAGCUCACGCUGGGCAUCUUGAAGAAGAUACUCAGAACGAUGACAUGGACAUCGAGCAACAAGGCAGCAGUUAUGAUGAUGAAGAUGCUACUGAAGUUGGCGAGGCUGCGAAUGUAAUCAGAGGUGCAGAUGGACAUGGUAAGCAGGUGGACGGAUACACAACAGCGGAACCUGAUGAUGGUGAUGAGUUGGUUUCAUCUGAAGUAGCCGAGCAGGCAGAGUCAAGGGACUCUAUCUUCAAAGUUUGGGAUCUAGGUGCGUCAGUUUCGGAUGAUGAGAUUGAACUUGUCAAGGAUCUGAAGAAACUCCUUAGAGACAAGCCCCAGGAGGCUGCGUAUUCACCUCCCAGUGACACGGCCAAGGCUUUGAGCGAGAUAAACAUCGAUGAACUUGUGUCGGGCUUGAGUGACUUGUCACUUCAUCAAACCAGUGAAUGUCGACCAUCCAAUGGUGAUGCUGUGGCAGGAAAGCAGUGAGAUUAGUUCCUUCAGUAAGAUUAGUUCCUUCAUAGGCGUCUUAGACUUCAGACUUAGUUGACUUUUUUUUUUGUAUUCCUGGUUGCCCUUUUCUUUUGUUAUUUUAAAAAAAUAUGGUAAGGUGUCAUACUGUUCUUGUUUUAGUGUGCACGUGACUAGUGAGAUCCAUAUUUUGUCUCAGCUGAUACUAUUUUUAUUUGUUAUUCUAUCUGGAACUCCAGGAUUCAGUUAACUGAAAAUACGAAUUUAGUAUUC